AUGGGCGAAGCCCUCCGCGACUACGGUGUGGACGACACCUACUUCCCAAUGUUUGUCUCGAAGAACGCCCUGGAGCAGGAGAAGAGCCAUAUUGCUGACUUUGCACCCGAGGUUGCCUGGGUAACCAAAUCUGGUGACUCGGAUAUGGCCGAACCCAUCGCCAUUCGACCCACCAGCGAGACCAUUAUCUAUCCGGCGUUCGCCAAGUGGAUCAAGUCGCAUCGGGACCUGCCCCUCAAGGUGAACCAGUGGAGCAACAUUGUUCGCUGGGAAUUCAAACAUCCCACGCCCUUCCUCAGAACGAGAGAAUUCCUCUGGCAGGAAGGCCACACCGCGUUCGCGGACAAAGCUGAGGCCGAAAAGGAGGUCCUGCAGAUCCUCGACCUCUACAAGGACCCUCGUUUACUGAUGCACGCAUCUGGGUGUCGCAAGACAGAACGCGAGAAGUUCCCCGGUGGUGACUACACGACCACAGUUGAGGUCUUCAUUGGUGCCUCCGGCCGCGCCAUCCAAGGCGCCACCUCACAUCAUCUGGGUCAGAACUUCAGUCGUAUCUUCGAGGUGGUUUUUGAGCACCCAGAGACCCGCCAGCCCUGCUACGUAUACCAGAACUCCUGGGGCCUCACCACACGCACCAUCGGUGUCAUGGUGAUGGUGCACGCGGACAAUCAGGGUCUCGUGUUGCCUCCACGACUUGCCAUCCCGGAACAGGGUCUAGCCGAACGUCUGACUGGUCUGCUCGACCAGAUCCACUCACAGAUGCUGGCGCACGCGACGGAGCAG